UGUAUAAAGAAAAAGGAAAAACAAGUUCCUUGAGAUCGACAAGCAGAUCCCACCGAAAUAAAUUAAUAACUUCUUCACCUUACACACCCUCAUCAUCCUCAUAAAACCCUUGUUGAAAGAAUUCACCAUCUCCCUGUUGCGAGUGUGAUAUUAUUUUUAUUAUUCUUCUUUCAUCUCUCUGAGUAAUUGUUUUUGUUAGGGGAGAGAGAGAGAGAGAGUUGAAAGAGAAGAGUACCCUAUGCUGGGGGACUUGGGGAGCUCCUCCGACGCCACCACCGCCACCGCUAUGGCCGCAGAACCCUUAGGGGCUCACGAAGGCGGUGGCGGUGAUGGCGGUGUUGGCUCGAAUUCGGGUGAAGAGGAGAAGAAUAAUUAUAGCAGAAGUGGUGGCGGUGGUGGUGGUGUUGGUGAGGAAUUUGGUGAUAGGAGCUUCGGUGGCAACCGGUGGCCUCGCCAAGAAACGUUGGCUCUCUUGAAGAUUCGGUCUGACAUGGACGUGGCGUUUCGUGAUGCAAGUGUUAAAGGUCCAUUAUGGGAAGAAGUUUCCAGGAAGCUAGCAGAGCUUGGCUUUCAUCGAAGCGCCAAGAAAUGCAAGGAGAAAUUCGAGAACGUCUACAAGUACCACAGGAGAACAAAAGAAGGCCGCACCGGGAAAUCCGACGGCAAGACCUAUCGGUUCUUCGAUCAAUUACAAGCCCUCGAAAAUCAACCUCAAACUCCAACCACGCCCAACUCUACUACCACUCAUCAACCGAGGCCACAACCCACAAUUGCAAUGGCAGUGUCAAACCCUCCUCCUAUUCCUACAAUUUCUCAUAUCAAUAGUACCAGUACUAACAGUACUAAUACUGUUCCAUCAGCUGCACCACACCAAGGCAUUGCAACACCAACAAUUCCUAGUUCGUUAUUCCCUCCAACAAACCCUACAAUUUUCCCACCACCGCCACAGCCUCCGCCGCAACAAAACCCUACUUCUCACCAUCAGCAUCAUCAGGCCACUACAUUUGUUCCACCUUCUAGUUUGCCAAGCAUAUCAUCGACCGAUCUCAUGUCGAAUUCGACCUCUUCGUCCACCUCAUCGGACGAAGAAAUGGAAGGGCGGGCCAAGAGGAAGAGGAAGUGGAAGGACUUCUUCGAGACUCUGAUGAAGGAGGUGGUCCGCAAGCAGGAAGAUCUCCAGAAGAGGUUUCUGGAAGCCAUCGAGAAGCGCGAGCAGGAGCGAAUGGCCAGAGAAGAAGCUUGGAGACUGCAGGAGUUGGCCCGCAUCAACCGCGAACGAGAGAUUCUUGCCCAAGAACGCUCCAUCGCCGCCGCCAAAGACACCGCCGUCAUGUCUUUCUUGCAAAAAAUAGCCGAACAGCAACCGCAGCAUAACCCCCAGGCCACACCCACUAAUCCUAAUAACCAUUUGCUGACGUCACAAACGCCACAGCCACAGCGACCGCCGGCGCAGCAAUCAGUGGCUCUUCCUCCUUCACAACGGCAGCAGACUACACCACCACCGACACUGCAGAUAUCACAAGCGCCGAUCACGACUUUCGAGAUUACUCCGAGAGCAAAUGGUGAGAACAACAACAACAAUAGUAAUAAUAAUCUGGUAAGUCCUACUACUACGCCGAGCUCGUCGAGAUGGCCGAAAGUGGAGGUACAUUCACUUAUCAAGCUAAGAAGAAGCCUGGAUUCAAAGUACCAAGAGAACGGGCCCAAGGGACCGCUCUGGGAGGAGAUAUCGGGAGAGAUGAAGAAGCUCGGGUACAACCGGAGCGCGAAGAGGUGCAAGGAGAAGUGGGAGAACAUUAACAAGUACUUCAAGAAGGUCAAGGAGAGCAACAAGAAGAGGCCCGAGGAUUCCAAGACGUGUCCUUACUUCCACCUCCUCGACAGUCUGUACAGAGAGAGGAACAUCGGGAAUAACAAUGAUAACAACAAUAAUUCACCAAAGCCUGAGAAUGCGGCGCCGCUGAUGGUGAGGCCGGAGCAGCAGUGGCAGCCCCCGAACCGGGUCGAACCGGAGAUGGAGAGCGAGCGGAUGGAUCAAAACCAUGAGGAAGAAGAUAGGGAUGGUGACGAAGACGAGGACGAGGACGAGGAGGAAGAUGAGGGCAACUAUGAGAUAGUGGCAAACAAAGGAGCUUCAGUUUCAGUUUCAGUGGGAGCAACGACAGCUCAGUGAGUGAGAGUCAUGAAAAAGAGCAAAGAAAUUAAGAAAGUUUGAUUCAAAUUUCAAUGCGGGUCAGAUUUUGCAGAGCUACCGGAUCCGGUAAGUGGGUGCAGUAAGCAAAAACGAAAAUACACACAGAAACACACAUGGUGGGGAAACGAGGAAAAGAGUGGUCGGUGAUCAUAUAGUACGUCGGUAGAAUUAUAUGUCUAUUUUACAAUUUAUUUAUUUAUUUUUCUACAGUGAUAAAAUAAGCUAGCUAGCCACGAGAAAGAGAUCUAGAAAGGUGUUCAUUUCAGCUUGUUCACAAAAUAAAUAAGGCAUUUGUAUUAGUUUUUGCUUCUGCUUAGUUUUGUUCAUGGAAUACUGGGGGUGUAAAUGUGAGAAAUGGCUAAUUAUCAAUUAGUCUUUGUUUUGCCU